GAGUUCGAGUCGCCUGGCGUCAUUGGGCACCCGAAUCUCACGGCUCAGCUGGCGGCAGCCAUUUCCUCAGGAGUCGUUUGGUCGUUGCGUGAGCUGCAGUUCCAGGCGUUUUAUUUACACCGCGCCCUGUAAACAGGUUGCCGGGUUAGGCCUGGCAUCUCCAGGCUGAUGUGCGGCCCCAGCCGGGAGGAGCAUGUUCCCUAACUCCCCCAGCCUGGGCCGCACACCGCUACCGCUGCCUCCAGGUCACCCGCAGCACCAGGCCGGGAACCUGUAUGGCAAGCUGCCCAUAAACCUUGCACCGGAAUUGCUGAACCCGGAGCAGCUGCUGCACGCGCACAUCAACUUCCAGAAAAAUGCCAAUCUUUCCAGAAUGCUGAUGAGUGGCAAUGUCUUGCCUCUGCCCCCGAUGCCAUCGCAGCCAUCAUGGCCCUAUGGGAACCGCGGUCCUUUGGCCAGCCCCGGCUCUUCGUCUUCCACGUUCCAGAACCGGAAGCGAAGAAGCGACGAGGGAAAUGUUCCUUACGAUGUCAAAAGGCAACGUUUUCAUUCGCCCCAGCAAUCUUCGCCCGCAGUUCACCAGUCCGUGCCUUUAAGAGAUGACCUCAGAUAUUCAUUUCCGGGUUCAGUUCCGUUGCCGCUGCUGCAAUCCCCUCCCCCCGACAUUAAUGGGAGCGUCGUACAUUCAGGAGACUCUUGGUUGUUUGACCAUAUGGAAGCUGCUUUGCCUGUUGCUAAAGACAAGCUGAGCCAGCAGAUUUUGGAGUUGUUUCAAGCGUGUCAACAGCAGAUCAUCGACUUGAAAAAGAAAGAUGUCUGCCGAGCAGAGCUCCAGAGGGAAAUUCAGCAGAUAUUUCCCCAGAGCAGGCUUUACCUGGUUGGUUCGUCACUUAAUGGAUUUGGCACAAGGAGCAGUGAUGCAGAUUUGUGUUUGGUUAUGAAAGAAGAGCCUAUCAAUCAGAAAACUGAAGCAAGACAUAUACUCAGCUUACUCCAAAAACAUUUCUACACUAGACUUUCUUAUAUCGAGAGACCUCAGCUAAUUAGAGCUAAAGUGCCAAUAGUGAAGUUCAGGGAUAAAGUGAGUGGUGUGGAGUUUGACUUGAAUGUAAACAAUGUUGUAGGGAUCAGAAACACGUUCCUCCUCAGAACCUAUGCACACAUGGAGAACCGCGUUCGCCCUAUGGUUCUGGUUGUCAAGAAGUGGGCAGGUCAUCAUGGAAUAAAUGAUGCCAGUCGCGGCACUCUCAGCAGCUACAGUCUUGUUUUAAUGGUUUUGCACUAUUUACAAACCCUACCUGAACCCAUUCUUCCAUGUCUUCAGAAAAAAUACCCGGAAUAUUUUAAUCCUACUAUGCAGUUGCACCUUGUUCAUCAAGCACCUCGCAAUGUUCCUCAGUACAUCUCCAAAAAUGGGGCUUGCCUCGGGGACCUUCUUGUGGGUUUUCUCAGAUAUUUUGCUAUAGAAUUUGAAUGGAGCAAAAAGAUGAUCUCUGUACGUGAAGCCAAAGCCCUUCCGCGAACAGAUGGUAUUGAAUGGCGGAACAAGUACAUCUGUGUGGAAGAACCAUUCGAUAGAACAAACACUGCUAGAGCUGUCCAUGAGAAACAAAAGUUUGACUUGAUCCAGGAAGAAUUUCUGAAGGCUUGGGUGAGAUUGAGAGACAACCGAGAUUUAAACAGCGUGCUGCCGGUGCGAGGUAUUAUUGGGAAGCAGAAGCGAUAAGAAUCUUCUAACGUCAUGAGCCUUGGAAAGAAGGACUUUUACAUUGCAAUACGCUUAAAGCGCAACACUUGAUUGGAUUUUUUUUUUUAACCCCACACGCCAGCUGUAAAAACUUUUAGUAAGUAAAGGUUUUUGUGUACAGUCAUUUCCCUUUUAAUGUUUGUCGUUAAAGUCCAGUAUAUGUUGACGUUCGGAAACACAAGGACUUGUGUAAAUGGUGGAUGGUGGAUUUUAUGUCUUUUUUGGGGAAAUCUAUGUACUGAUGAAGUGCACUAUUACUGAUCAAAUAUAUUCCCCUUUAGUCUCUGUGGUAAAUGCUGUAACUUGUAUCCA